ACUUUUUCCUCUGACAUUCAUUUGCAAAGUAAAAAGACUGAGCGCUUGGCUGCAAAGACCCGGAGCUGCAAAAGAAUUCCACUGGGAGAAAACAAGCAGAAGGGAAGGUUUUUUUCCUCUAGCUUUCUCCUUCUGUGGCAACCCAUAUUUUUAAAUGCAGUUUUGGGAAUUUUGCAUGCAAAACAUUUGGGAAGUUUUACUUUCUUAAUGAAGAAAUUGCAGAAAAGCAUCCUUUUGUAUCCAGCUGCAGUUUUCCCCCGUUCCUUCAUCCAUCCAUCUUUCGCUCUCUGGAAGCGGACUUGUUUGCAGAAUUCCAAAGUUUGAGGAUACUUCUUACAGUCCAGUACAAAAACAACAGAAAAAACAAGAAGGGCUUGAAGUGACCCUGGCUCCUGUCAAAAUGGCUGAGGAGGUCCAGCCGGAUUCAGAUCUGCAGAUACCCGGUGGAAGUUUAUCCAUUCCAUCUUCGCCUGCCACAGUCAGGAACAACUGCGGCAUCAUGCCGCUCACACCCUCGCCUUCACCGAGGGUAGAGGUCAGACCCAGGGUGGCUUGUCCAUUCUCUGUUGUCAUUGCCAUAGACUUUGGGACGACCUCCAGCGGCUAUGCUUUCAGCUUUACGCAGGACUCCGAAGCCAUUCACAUGAUGAAACGCUGGGAGGGAGGCGACCCUGGAGUGGCCAAUCAGAAGAGCCCGACAUGUUUGCUACUGACUCCUGAUUUGCGGUUCCACAGUUUUGGGUUUGCAGCGCGAGAUUUCUACCACGACUUAGAUCCAGAGGAGGCCCAGCACUGGCUUUACUUUGAUAAAUUUAAAAUGAAGAUCCACAGCACAAGUGACCUGACAAUGGAGACGGAGCUGGAGGCUGUUAACGGUCGGAAGGUCAGGGCCAUCGAGGUGUUUGCACACGCACUCCACUUCUUCAGAGAACACGCGCUAAAGGAGGUGAAGGACCAGUCUUCAUCAGUGCUGGAAGGAGAGGAUAUCAGAUGGGUGAUCACCGUCCCAGCUGUGUGGAGACAACCAGCCAAGCAGUUUAUGAGAGAGGCCGGGUACCUGGCUGGACUGGUGUCUCCUGACUGUCCCGAGCAGCUCCUCAUCGCUCUGGAGCCCGAAGCAGCCUCAAUAUACUGUCGGAAACUCCGCCUCCACCAGGUGAUCGACCUGAGCAUGCUGCCAAUCACAAACGGCCUGGACCUGGAUGGGACCCGGCCCUUCGACUCCAGCUUCAGACAAGCGAGGGAGCAGCUGAGGCGGUCCAGAUACAGCAGGACCUUUCUGGUGGAGAGUGGGACUGGGGAGCUAUGGUCCGAACUGCAGACCGGUGAUAGGUACGUCGUUGCAGACUGUGGAGGAGGAACAGUUGACCUGACGGUUCAUCAGAUUGAACAGCCGCAGGGAACACUUAAAGAGCUCUACAAAGCCUCAGGCGGUCCAUACGGUGCAGUCGGGGUCGACCUUGCCUUCGAAGCCAUGCUGUGCCAGAUCUUCGGCGAGGACUUCAUACAUAGCUUCAAAGCCAAGCGGCCGGCGGCCUGGGUGGACCUCAUGAUUGCAUUCGAAGCGAGGAAACGGACCGCGUCGCCAGGAAGAACCAACGCCCUGAAUAUCUCUCUGCCCUUCUCUUUCAUUGACUUCUACAAGAGACACAGAGGACAGAGUGUGGAGGCUGCCCUGAGGAGGAGCAAUAUGAACAUUGUGAAGUGGUCGUCCCAGGGGAUGCUGCGGCUGACGCAGGAAGCAAUGAAUGAGCUCUUCCAGCCCACCAUCAGCAAUAUAGUCAAACAUAUAGAGGAAUUGAUGGGGAAGCUGGAGGUGCGCGGUGUGCGCUUCUUGUUCCUGGUUGGUGGUUUUGCAGAGUCCCCAAUGUUACAGAAAGCAGUCCAGAAGGCACUGGGAAGGACCUGCCGUAUCAUCAUCCCCCAUGAUGUUGGCCUGACCAUCCUGAAGGGUGCCGUUCUCUUUGGACUGGAUCCCACUGUGGUCAGAGUGCGACGGUGCCCUGUGACCUAUGGGGUUGGUGUCCUGAACCGGUUCGUGGGGGGACGGCACCCUCGGGAUAAGCUCCUCAUCAAAGACGGCCGUGAGUGGUGCACGGACAUCUUCGACCGCUUCGUCUUCGUCGAUCAGUCUGUGGCUUUGGGAGAGGUCAUUCGACGAAGCUACACGCCUGCCCGGGUGGGCCAGCGAAAGAUCAUCAUCAACAUCUACUGCAGUGUCACAGAUGACAUCACCUACAUCUCCGACCCCGGCGUCAGGAAGUGUGGGACAAUAACCUUAGACUUACCGGAAUCAUCAGCGCCACCUGGAGCGGUGGGUGAAGCAGGCGCAGCAGUGGCGGGGCCAGAAAGGAGAGAGAUCAGGGCCACCAUGCAGUUUGGAGAUACAGAGAUCAAAGUCACGGCUGUUGACGUCAUGUCGAACAGGUCUGUCCGGGCCUCCAUAGACUUCCUGUCCAACUAAGGUGGAGCAGCUUGCAGAGACUUGAAACCAACCAAAACUGAUUUAACUCAUAUGUCAGGGUUUUUGAUGUGCAGUCAGUGUUUAACAUUUUCUCGAACCCUCUCUGAGUUUAUCCAUCCAGACCUCCAGAGGAGAUACGCUUUCAGUGGAGACCACAGCAUAAACUCGUCCAACAUUUCCUGCACAGAAACUCUUCAAAGAAACAGAAACACUCUUUGAUGCCAUAGAAGCAUCCUGGAACAAACUUACCCUUCAUAUUGCUUACCUUCACCAAGAAGUAUUUCAAGUUCAGACUGAAUCACCUAAAGACCUUACAAAGUAUGCUACCUAGAGUGAGAUUCAGCCACGUUUAUUUUAUCCUCAUAUGAUACCCAAUACCUCAUUUAAAUCCUCAUUUGAAACAUUUCUGGACUUAUUUUCUUUUACAAGGUAGUGCUUCAUCUAGUGGUAAGAUGGCAUAACUACAAGCUAAAAAAAGAUUGCAUUUGUUGAAAGUGGUUGAGGAUUGUGGCAUUAUAACAUUUAAAGGUCUAUUACAUUUUAAAGUCUUUGCCAUAUGACUGCUACUGUGUUCAAUAUAACUUGAUUUAUUUAGUCCUAAUGAAACCAGGUCAGUUCUUAAAACUUUUCCAUGUUUUAAAACAUUCCAAGAAAAGCUUUUUUUUAUAUUAUUUUACAUAAUUUUAUGCAGAAACUGCCUCAGUACAGUUCCUGGACAUCAGUGAAGAUGAUUGAAUCAGAUGUCUAACGGAUGUGCCGAGAGGGAAAUACAGAUUUAAGCUGUGAUGGGUUUCUUUUAUUAUAGUGGAGCCAGAAUAUCAGCCAAAAAUUCCAGUAAAAAACUUCUCCGUGUUAUACUCAGCCGUUUUCUUCUUCCAAACUUGACUGGUUGAGCAGAAUUUGGGUCUCAUCUCAUUCAUUCUCCCAAGCCUGAGACUAACCAGUUCACAUGCCUUCUCCAGCAGGGGGAGAACACAUUAAAGUGCAUUGUAGCAUGUUGUGUUUCUAAUGGUGUUAAAGUGGUCCAAACUAGAUCAUUAAAACAUUCCUUUAGGGGAGCUGAUGCAUGAGGCAUGAGGCCUUGCAUGGAGCUCCAGACUCCUCCACAUUACUGCACCAGCUGUUGAAAUUUGUUCCCCAAGCUUCUUGCUAAAGGUCUUUAGCCCAAUUCCAGCCUUGUGCAGAUCUCGGAUCUUGGCUCCGGCAUCCUUUGACGGCUGUUCGGUCAUGUGGUUGUUAGAGGCCAAUUUCUAAUGCAAAUGAACGUGCAAAUAAAUAAUUGUGUGUCUUGUUCCUUUUAAAAAGAAACAACUGAAAACAGAGACUGUUCUUUUAUUAUUGGGCAAACUAACAAAAUCUACAGAAGACCUAAUAAUUAUCCUCCCAGACUCUUCUUGGUUCUUUACCUGCUAAGUUUCUCUACAGGAACCAAAAGUGUCAGAACUUUGCCAAGAAAAGAUCUUCAUGGGGCUAAGAGGGGUGGGAAUAAUACUUCCUUUUCACGACUUUGAUCCAAAACCAAAGAUUAUCAGUUACUGCAUUUUUAUAAGGUUUCGCAAAGAUGUCUUUCUGUAUAAAUUUGACUGAUUAGCCAACUGUUGGCAAUGUAAGUUUGAUGUUAAGUCUGCAAGUAAAACAAGCUCGAUGGCAUGGAAGAUGAGUAAAGAAACACUCAGUUGUUCCUGAAAAGCAAAAUAAAUUGUACGUAAUUCUCUAAGGCCUGACCUUAAAUAAAAACACCGUUACUUUUUGGUGGCUGGUGACUAACACCGUUGGUGCACAUAAAUAAAAUGAAACGACAAAAAACGGCAAGUUUAAAGAUCCAUAAACCUUUUUUUUCCUCGCUGUCUGACAUUAAAUCAGAUUAAACCUUUACCAAAAUGA